GCGGUGGGCGCCAUUUGCCAUGGCUGUGAACCCACCACGAGUCAAAAAGAAGCUGGUACCAGUACUGAAUUUGGGGAUCGUUGGACCCCUAUGACAUGCACGAGAGAAUCAGACAAUGGAGAGUUCUGAUGACUUGCAGAAAAAAAUCGCAAUGAUGAAGCAGUCUUUCUUUGAUGAGGGAUUUCUGGAUCCAACCCAAUUUCAACAACUGGAGAAUUUGCAAGACAAGGAAAUGCCGAACUUUCUUAAGGAUGUUUUCUCUUUGUACUUCAUGGAUGCAACUAGGAAGUAUGCUGAAAUUGAGCAAAACCUUCACCAAGAAUCUUCAGAGAAGCAAAGGAAAGACUUGAAUAGGCUUAUUCUCAAACUCAAGGGAAGUGCGAUGGACAUUGGUGCUCUGAAGACUUCAAAUGAAGUUAAUAAGAUGAUAGAUUUUUUCAAAGAAGGCAAUAUGGAAAGGUUCGUGGCUUCUUUUGAACAAGUGAAGAUAGAGGAUGAAAAUUUGAGGGUGAAAAUGGAUCCUUACUUUCAGUUGCUUGAGCAAGAAGGGUCCUCUGGGGAAGAAGAGAAUCCUGAGUCCCUAGCUGUUGAGAAUCGUACUCUCAAGUGAAGAUAUGUAGCAAUGUAUGGGUGUUGCGGUUGAAGUGGAAGUGACUUAAGACUUGAUUUGUUUCACCUUAAUUAGCUAAAUCUGGAUCUGUUGCUCUGUACUCAAAUCUUAUAUGGUUUUCUUGUUUCUGCAUUCCAUUUUUAAAUAAGGGUUUACUCCAUGCCCAUUGAAAUUCCUAAUAAAGUACUCAAGAAUAAUAUAUUUGGUGUGUUCAAAUCUUGUUUAUUAUUGAGUGGUUGGUUAAAGUGAUACAUGUUUAUUUUUAUUCAGAAAUAUCAUGAUUUCAAGUAUUGUGAAUGGAAAAAAAACUCUGUUGGGUGAGCUAAUCUCACCAUAGUGUGAAAUGUUCCACUAA